CGUCGCCUUUCUGCCCCCAGCGCGGGCCGCUCGGAGCCGGGCGCCGCCGCCUGGAUGCCGUGAGUCGCUAGGAGCGAGCCCGGCCCUUUCGCUGCCUUGGGGUGCGGCGUGGGGGGCCCAGAGCCAUGUCGGACCUGCUACUACUGGGGCUCAUUGGGGGCCUGACUCUGCUGCUGCUGCUGACACUGCUGGCCUUCGCCAGGUACUCAGGGCUGCUGGCUGGGGUGACAGUGAGCGCCGGCUCGCCCCCCAUCCGCAACGUCACUGUGGCCUACAAGUUCCACGUGGGGCCCUAUGGCGAGACGGGGCGUCUUUUCACUGAGAGCUGCAGCGUCUGCCCCAGGCUCCGCUCCAUCGCUGUCUACUAUGACAACCCACACAUGGUGCCACCCGAGAAGUGCCGCUGUGCAGUGGGCAGCAUUCUGAGUGAAGGCGAGGAGUCACCCUCCUCUGAGCUCAUCCAGCUCUACCAGAAAUUUGGCUUCAAGGUGUUCUCCUUCCCGGUACCCAGCCACGUGGUGACAGCCACCUUCCCCUACACCACUGCCCUGUCCAUCUGGUUGGCUACCCGCCGGGUCCAUCCUGCCCUGGAUGCCUACAUCAAGGAGCGGAAGCUGUGUGCCCACCCUCGGCUGGAGAUCUACCAGCAAGACCAGAUCUAUUUCAUGUGCCCUCUGGCGCGGCAGGGAGACUUCUAUGUGCCUGAGGUGAAGGAGACAGAGCGGAAAGGCCGGGGGCCUGCGGAGGCCAGUGAUGCCCAAAUUGAUGGCACAGGAGCUGACACGCUGAGUGACACAAGUUCUGUGAGCCUGGAGGUGGGCCCUGGCAGUCGAGAGACUUCAGCUGCCACACUGUCCCCUGGGGCGAGCAGCCGCGGCUGGGACGACAGUGACACCCGCAGUGAGCACAGCUACAGCGAGUCGGGUGCCAGCGGCUCAUCCUUUGAGGAGCUGGACUUGGAGGGUGAAGGACCCCUGGGGGAGCCAAGGCUGAGUCCUGAGGCUGAGCCUCUGGGGGCUCCCAAGUGGCCCCGGGAGCUCAGUACCCCUGAGAAGGGUGAGGAGUGACCCGUGCCCACGUCCUCCCGUGGUGCAGUUGCUAAGGAACUGAUCAGACUCUUCAGCCCUCCUCCUCCACCUUCCAGGCCCAGGCUAGGGCCAGGGGGUCUCAGGGGACCUAACUUCGACCACCAACCUCUAGCUAAGCCCUCUCCUCACUGCCCUCUUGGCUCCCAGGGCCAAAGGAGCAGAGACUGUUCUCUGCACCCAGCCCUGGGGCUGCUGCCUCUGUUGCAUCUUUUUUCAGAGUCACAUUGGAGCUUCCAGGAACCAGAAUAAAGCAAAAGAUUUUAUUUCACCUGAA